GCAGAGGCAGCGCCGAUCGAGCACAGUGGCCGGUGCAGCAGAGGUGGCGGCCCGGAGCUCGGAACAAGAUGUCCGCGGCGCCCGCCAGCAACGGGGUGUUUGUCGUCAUCCCGCCCAGCAACGCCGGCAGCCUCCGCCCACCACCAGCCGUUCUGCCCACCUCCAUGUGCCAGCCUCCCGGGAUCAUGCAGCUGGAAGAGCCACCGCUGGGGACACAGACUCCAAGGACCACCCAGCCGCCGGACUUGCGGCCUGCGGAGACCUUCCUGACGGGAGAGCCCAAAGCUUUAGGGACGGUCCAGAUCCUCAUCGGCCUCAUCCACCUGGGCUUCGGCAGCGUGCUGCUCAUGGUCCGCCGUGGCCGCGUGGGGAUGCUCUUCAUCGAAGGCGGCGUCCCAUUCUGGGGAGGAGCUUGCUUCAUCAUCUCUGGGUCCCUUUCGGUGGCAGCUGAGAAGAGCCACACCAGCUGCCUGGUGAGGAGCAGCCUGGGGACGAACAUUCUCAGUGCCAUGGCGGCCUUUGCCGGGACGGCCAUUCUGCUCAUGGAUUUUGGUGUCACGAACUGGGACGUGGGCAGGGGCUACCUGGCUGUGCUUACCAUCUUCACCAUCCUGGAGUUCUUCAUCGCCAUUAUUGCCACUCACUUUGGGUGCCAAGCCACCCGCGCCCAAGCCAACGCGCCUGUGAUUUUCCUGCCAAACGCUUUCAGCACAGACUUCAACAUCCCCAGCCCCACCGCCUCUCCGCCCCCUGCCUAUGACAAUGUGGCGUACGUGCCCAAGGAGUCGUCUGAGUAGAUGGUCGCUCUGGCCUGUUGGCGUCCAGCCUUUCCCUUCCAGGCCCCGCCUCUCCCCACCCCCACCUCGUUAAUCUGGGGCAGAUCCCCUCCCCACUCCUCACAUACUGUGGCCCUCGAGUGAA